AUGUCAUCACGAUAUCUACACAUGACACAAGUUAGCCCGCUUGAACAAUUCAAAGACCAGGUUGUGAAAGAGGUUGCAAUAUUCAUGCAAGGUUAUGGUCAUCCAUUGCAUUCCAUAUGCGUCACCGCCGAGACGAUCUUGAUGAACCCACCCCAGGCCAGCCCCCCAGCUACUACGUCCAAUCUGACAAAACCACCUGAAUGGAAGCGAUGGGAAUUAGGUGCCGAAGCGGCCCAUACUACCGAUUGGCGCCGCCCAAAUACACCUAGCUUCCAGACAGGGUGGAGAUGUGAGUCCAAAGCUCCGUUGGCGGUUAGGUAGUUAUAGGGGAGCUCAGGGACAGUGAGACCUCGCCAAAUUCUCUGGCAGUGAAUAGUAGUAGUUAUCAAGCUGCCUAACAGAAAUAGUCGUUAGUUAUCUUUGACAUACAAUUAGAACUCCCUACUACUUUAGCCUCGUCCUAAAGUAAACUAGAGUUGGGAGCAACUUUCACACCAAUCUGGGUAUAAGAGAGUUGCAACUAGGGUACUCGGUAAGGGUAGUCCAUAGAAAGUCAGAAAGUCGGGAAGCCACGAAGCCGGCGAUGUAUUUCUUCCACCUUCUAGGGUGCGUUGUCCAUGCAUUCGUUUAUUGAAGGAGGUAGUAUAUUUUAAUUCUUUUGACCUCCUUUUUCAUUCGACCGAUUUAAUUUCCCUUGUUUUUCCUCUUUCAAUCAAGAGAAUCUGGAAGAGCGUCUG